UAAGAUGUCUUGACAGAAGAACAGACUAUAAAUAUCGGCCAUAAUACCCGGCUGAUAGUUUCAAUCCAAUAUCAUCGUGUGUCACUUUAUCAAUUGCGCUACUGAUGCUGAUACUCUUUCUGAAAUGGCAAACUUAACCAAGAAACGCCAUGCUGAUAAUAAUCACAUGGAGGUAGAAACAAUUAAUGGUAUACAGGGAAAAGUAAAGCAGCAUACAGCUAAAAAAAGAGUAAAGAUUAUACAAGAUGGAGAACAAAGAAAAAUAUCAGUACCAGCACAUAGAUAUUCACCUCUAAAAGAAAAUUGGUUGAAAAUAUCUGCGCCUAUUGUUGAACAUUUAAAAUUACAAGUUCGCUUUAAUUUGAAAACUAGAAAUGUUGAAAUUAGAACAGCACCAGAAACUCCAGAUAUUGCUUACCUCCAAAAAGCAGCAGAUUUUGUGAAAGCAUUUAUUUAUGGAUUUGAGGUGGACGAUGCUUUAGCUUUACUACGUUUGGAUGACUUAUUUGUGGAAUCGUUUGAAAUACAAGAUGUUAGGCAACAAAUAAAGGGUGAUCAUCAGUCUAGAGCAAUCGGCAGAUUAGCAGGCAAGGGUGGAAGAACAAAAUUUACUAUUGAAAAUGUAACAAAAACGAGAAUUGUGCUAGCAGAUACGAAGAUACAUAUACUUGGUUCUUUUCAAAACAUACAAUUAGCCCGUAGAGCAAUAUGCAAUUUGAUUUUAGGUAGUCCACCUUCUAAGGUAUAUGGACAACUUAGAAACAUAGCUAGUAAGAUUUCAAAACAAUAUUAACGAUUAUCUAUGUUUGUAUCAUACAUGUACAUAUAUAAUCUUUUUUUUUUAUCAAGAAUGUGUUGACAAUAAAUGUGUUCUUUUUAACAACAGUUCCCUAUUGCACAUUGUCUGCAUUUACAAGCCAUAUUAUAUGAACGAUUCGGUAUAAUUGUAACUAUAAGAA